UGUUCAAGUGCAGUUACUCCUUACUUUAGUGGAGUGCCGAUCGUUGUUUAUCUCAUGUUGACUUUUUAUCUUUUGUGUGCUAAAUAUUUUUUGAUAGCCAUCGUCUGGACAUCAUGGUUGUAUCAUAAUAAUGUCUCUCUUCUGGUCUCUUAAGAGGGAGGACUGGAAAAAUAAUAUAUAGUCAUAUUGUAACUGACCCAGCUAUCCAAUUAACUUGAUGAGCUUUUAACUCUCACAGAGUGAGAAAAAUAGAAUAUCAGCAUUAGUCAAAUUAUGAAGGACAGCGUAUUCAACGUAAGCGAACUGAUGAUAAAGGGCACGGGGUGUAACAUGCGUCGGCUGUUGGUCAUCGGGCUAAUUAUGAUGGUUGUACUAGUGCUCAUAAUAACAGCAACAGUAACUGUUCUACUCACAAGUCGUACCCGUAAAACAUUCCGGAAUGAACAACUUGAGAAUUAUGGUAUCUCACUCCAUGACUGGCUUAGUGGUUCAUUAUCUACUAAAAGCUUUAACGGCACCUGGCUUAGUGGUAAUGAGAUACUCUAUGAAGAUGUCAGAGGCAACCUAAUGAUAUUCAACACAUCAGCAAAAAAAAGUCAUAAUGUUUUUCGAGAAAGAAACGACAUUUUUAUCACGAGCUUUGACCAUCAAUUCUCUGCGGACCGCAAGUAUCUAUUAUUAGCUUUCAAUUAUCAAAGACUCUUCCGUCAUACAUAUCUAGCCCACUACAAGAUUUUAAAUCUCGAGACUCUGCACGAAACUUUCCUAAAUGAAAAUGACUCGCCAGUCUUACAAUUAGUAGUGUGGGCUCCACAAGGUAAUGCUUUGAUUUAUAUUUUUCAAAAUAAUAUUUAUUAUCGGCCCCAUGCUGAAAUAGCCGAGGAUUAUCAAAUAACAUACAAUGGUGUCUUUGGAACCAUUUAUAACGGGGUACCAGAUUGGGUUUAUGAAGAGGAAGUAUUAAGUUCUAAUAAAGCAGUAUGGUUUUCUCCAAGUGGUACCAAAUUAGUUUUCGGACACUUUGAUGACACGAAUACUUCCAUAAUGAAUAUUCCUUACUAUGGUUUUCCAGGAAUUACUUUUCAAUAUCCCACAGCAAUACCGAUUCAUUAUCCGAAGAGUGGAACGCAAAAUCCAACUGUAAAAUUAUUUUACGUUGAUUUACAAAAAAUUGUUAAAGGUAAUGUAACUUUAAUUGAAAUUGAAUAUCCUCCUCAACUAUCAAACGUUGAAAGGAUAUUAGCUGCAGUGUCAUUUCCCACUGACGAUCUCGUAUCUGCUGUUUGGAUGAAUAGAAUACAAAAUGAAGUUUAUUUUCAUAUAUGUAAUAUUACAAAUCAAAAUUGUAUAACGGCUCUUUCAUACAAAGAAAAAAAUGGUUGGGUAGAACAAUUUGUGCCUCCUUUAUAUUGUAAAGAUGGUACGUCGUUUCUUUUAAUUUUGCCUCAAAAACAAAGUAAUUACGGUGACUGGAGACAUGUAAUUUUAGUCAAGAAUGUUACAAGCAAUUCUCCAAAAAUAAUUGCACUAACUUCUGGUCUUUUCGUCGUUACUGAAAUAUUAACUUGGGACGAAGAGAAUCAUUAUGUUUACUAUUUGGCAACAAGUGAACAGGAUCCUGCUCAAAAGCACUUAUAUAGAGUUUCUACACUAUAUCACAAUAGUACAUCUGAUUGUCUCUCUUGCAAAAUCGUGAAUGAAUCCGAUGGCGGUUAUUGUCUGUAUAAUUUAGCCGAAUUCUCUAAGGAUAACUCACACUAUGUUCUUACAUGUGCAGGACCUGGAAUUCCAGAAAUUACAAUCUAUAAUAAGAAUGUCACAAAGCUCUACACGUGGGAGAAUAACAAAAAUGUUGCAGAACAUAUUACUAAAAAAUCUCGUCCAAUCAUAAAAAGAUUGACAGUACCAUUAUCUGGAAACUUUAAAGCUCACGUUAAAUUACUUUUACCACCAAACGUUGAUUUAUCUGGAAAAAGAAAAUAUCCUAUGAUAGUUUACGUAUAUGGCGGGCCGGAUACAAACGAAGUAACCGAAAAAUUUAAUAUAGAUUGGGGAACAUAUUUGGUAACUAACAAAAAUAUAAUAUAUACGUCGAUUGAUGGCCGAGGUACGGGAUUAAAAGGCAACAAAAUAAUGUUUGCAGUAUAUAGAAAUCUUGGAACAGUUGAAAUAACAGAUCAAAUAAACGUAACAUGGUAUUUACAGAACAAUUUUUCCUUCAUUGAUGCUACAAAAACUGCUAUAUGGGGUUGGAGUUAUGGAGGUUAUGCUACAGGAAUGGCACUAGCAAAGGACUAUGAUGGAAUUUUUAAAUGUGGCUUAUCAGUUGCACCUGUAACUGAUUGGACACUUUAUGAUUCCAUUUAUACGGAAAGGUUCAUGGGCCUUCCUAAUGCUAGUGAUAAUUUAUGGGGCUAUGAUCAAAGCCAACUCCUUAAUAAGGUUGACAAUAUCAGAUAUAAAGAGUUUUAUUUAAUUCAUGGUACCCUUGAUGAUAAUGUUCAUUAUCAACAAUCUAUGCUACUAGCUAAGAUUUUAGAGCAAAAAGAUAUUUUAUUUAGACAACAGACUUACACUGAUGAAACCCACGAUAUUGCUAGAAUGCGACUUCAUCUAUACCAUUCAAUGGAAAACUUCUUAGAUGAAUGUUUUAAACCAUCAUUAUAAUUGUAAAAUAAGUUAAACUGUUGUUAAUUAUAUUGUAUAAUCUGUCUUUGGAUAUA